AUGAUACGGUACCAGGUGCGCAACGAGUACGGGCUGGCGGAUCCGGCGCUGUACGCGCCGGAGGAGGAGGAGGAGGAUGACCCCGAGGCGCUGCUCGAGGGCGUCGCCAUGGCCGGCCUCGUCGGCCUGCUCCGCCAGCUCGGGGAUCUCGCUGAGUUCGCCGCAGAAAUUUUUCAUGACCUGCAUGAAGAUGUGAUGGCCACUGCUUCUCGAGGGCAUGGUUUGAUGCUUAGAUUGCAGCAGCUAGAGGCAGAAUUUCCUGCAGUUGAGAAGGCAAUUAUAGCACAGACUGACCAUUCAAAUUACCUACAUGAUAAUGGUAUUGAGUGGCACCCAAAUCUUCAGCUUAAUCAGAAUUUGAUCACGAUAGGAGAUAUGCCUCGUUUCAUUUUGGAUUCAUAUGAAGAAUGUCGUGGCCCACCACAUUUAUUCACGUUGGACAAGUUCGAUGUUGCUGGUGCCGGGGCCUCCUUAAAACGAUAUUCAGACCCCUCUUUCUUUAAGAUGGGACAGACCUCCAACAUGAUUGAACCGGAUUACUUAAGAGAGAAGAAGCCCCGUAGGAUAAAGAAAAAGGCUAUGCGAAGGAAAGGGGAAACACUCGAAUCAUUGCUUAUUGCGAACUCUGAGUCUCAAAUUACUUCAUCAAAGGAUCGAUCUUCUAGAAAAGUUCCACCAAGGACAACAAAACUGAAAUCCAGGCAUUUACGGGAUUCUUACAAUAAAACUAUAAGCAGAAUCUGCAGGGAACAAUUGCAAGAAGUAAUUUCAUCACAACAGAAGAUCUUGUCAAAUUGUUCUGCAAGGAACUUCCAUGCAAAAUUUAGGUCAACUGACUCGAGUGAAAUAAUAUCUUCAUUUGGAGAAUUAGACAAUUUCAGUGCUCCUGCUCAGUCUUUUACUAAACAUGAACUGACGAAGGUUGUCCCAGUAGACGAAUCUGAUACUUUGGUGACUGCAUCUGCACCCAUUAAUGGACCGAUUCAUCUUGAGGUAGAUGAUGGUCAAUAUCUGGCAACACAACAGGAACAUUUCGAAAUGGAACAGAUCUGCAAGGGAUCUCCAUUGCAGUCAGUGCAGGAAGAGAAACUUCAAUUGGCUGUAGUUCCUGUUUACCAUGAUGAUGAUCCCUGCAGGCCUGAUGAUAUUGGUAGUGAUCAAGACAAGUUUAUUGACACCCUUAAUAUAGAAUCAGAAGGUGAAGCCGAUCAUAGCAUGAAAAGUCAAAAGAAUCUCAGUGCCGAAAUGGAAGUGGAUAAUUUGAACUGUGAUGGCAAGGAAGCUGAAAGUGUGCUGGAUGUACAGUUUUCAGAACCAGGUCCUGUGGAAGACCUGUCAUCAGGGUUGAGCAAUCCAUGCAAUGACACAGAACCAACCCGUGCAGACUCAUUUCUGCUAAGUGAUUCUUCUCCUUCUGCAGUGUCAGACACAAAAGAUACAGACUCUGAUUCAGAUUCUUGCAAACAAGUGGGUGCUGAUAAUUGGAUCAACGACAAAGAAUCUUGUAAUGAUGUUGAUCUAAUGGAUGUCAGCUCAUCAUCCAGUGUAACCUCUGAUGACAAUGGUAACUUUGAAACUGACACUAAUCUCAAUGGCUGUGUACAAAACCAGGAGGCGUCUUUUCUCCCUACCAACGAUUAUCAUGCUGUUGCUAUCCCUAGUUCUGAAAAACAGUUAUCCCAGACAUCUAGUGGCUUGGAUGGUUUGGCUAGCAUUAGCAGUAAUUACCACGAAAUAGCAUAUCGCUCAGCGGAGGAUGGCCGAAAUAAUGUGGUAGAUGGUACUUCUACGAUAUCUGGACAACCCAAUGAUGUUUCACAUGCUGUUGGAGAAGUUGAAGUUCCACAUGCUGAUGAUUUGUUACUCCAGAGUGGCACACACAAUCAAGAACAAAUACAGUUGUCCAAGAAACCAUUUGAAGAAUGCACAUCUAUAGCUACAGUUGUCCAAGAAACAGAUACCAAAGUUGCAUCACUGCCAGACAUGGAUCCUGUUGUGCACAUGAAUGACUUGGAGUUCAACAAUGUUGCACUUCCUGCAGAAAUUGACACGAGUACAAAACCAACUAGUUUGGAUCCUGAUGUUACCCACAAGCAUUCUGACAAGCUUGAUUCAGGAGUUAUACCUAUUCAUUCAAUCACAUCAGAUAAUCCAUCGUUUGAAUCAGAUCAGGGUGAACUGGUUGAAGAAUCACACUGUUUACCAGAUGAAGAUCUAUAUAAGCAUAUCACAGAGGAUCAAGAAAUAGCUGCACUGGAAAAAGGGCCCUGUUCAGUUAGGCUCGACACACACAAAGAAGAUUCUAUGCAGGCGUCUGUUGUGCCCAUGCACUUCUCUAAUAUUCAGGUGAUCCCAGGACUUGCUGAAUCUGUACCUACUUUUCAAGAUGACACAGAAGCUCAUACAAGCAAGAUGCUGGAACAAUCUCCACGAGUAUUGAAUGAUGAUACAAAAUCAUCGUUGGUUGAUGUCCCAUCAGCUUCUAGUACUGCCCCUAUACUUGAUACCGUCAAGUCCUGCAUGGAAUACCAUGAAUCCAUUGAAACGAUAAAAAAUGUGGAGCACAGUGAAGUUCUGGUUGAUGCUGAGGUUGUAGAAGAAUCAACUACCGGCAGGUUUGAUGAUGACAGGAUACCUUCUGAAGAGGAGCAUACUGAUGGUGUCAAACAUACCGAGAAAGCAGAGGUUGAUGCCGAGGUUGUAGAAGAAUUGACUACCGGCAGGUUUGAUGAUGACAUGAUACCUUCUGAAGACGAGCAUACUGAUGGUGCCAAACAGACCGAGAAAGCAGAGGUUCUGCCUACAAAUUCUAGUCAUGAUAUACCAUUGCAAUCCAGUCCUUUCAGAGAAGACAUUGAAGCAGUUGAAGCUAUCUGUGAAAACCUUGGAUCACUAGAAGAGUCAAGAGGACAUAUCUUUAGAGAAAGUAUGCUGCAGAAGGAAAAUACACAGGAGCUCCUGCUGCAGACAGCCAAUCUUCCACACCCUAUUGAAAUAGAAACGUCAGGCGGAACACUGGGUGGCAGUGAUGAUAUUCUAUAUGUUCCGCCAUCGCAUUUUCCAGAAGAUUCUUCUUGUCAAGAGGAUUUAUCAGAAGAAACCACUCUAAUUGCUGAAGAAGUUCCAUGUCAGAGUGAUUUGGAUAAGGAUGUUACAGUAAGCCCGAACAGUAACAUGGUGUGGGAGCAACUAUCAGAUGUCGAUCAAGACUUGGUGAGGGAGUUAUCUGCUCAAGAUUCUUUUGGCACAAACCCAUUCGUCGAUCCUGGGUACAUGGUGAGCUCUACUGAUCCUUUGCCCAGUAUGAUCUAUCAACCAUGUUGCUCUGAAGAAGAAGACGAUUUUCUCUCAGAACUUCUAAUCCAGCAGUGUAAGAUCGAAGCAAAAGCGAACCUGUAUCCACUUGAUGAUUCUCUUUGGGAACCUGCAACUCCACCCGAUGAAGCACCAUUACCAUCAGAAGUUAUGACUGAACAGGACUUCAGAUCCUUGUGCCAUGAAUACCAUGAGAUUGAUUUUACUGCUGCCGCAGAAGGUUUUGAUCAUAAACCAUCCUCAGAUACUAAAGAUAUUACAAAUGCUUCUGUGGUCAGUGUAUUGGACUUUCCUAGUUCUGUAUCUGUGCUGCCAGUGGAAUUAGACCAGGAAGCGGUUUGUUCUAAGCCAGAUUCUCAACGUGCUGAUUGUUCUUCUGCCAGGGAUAUAUCAGGCGAAACAUUCGUGCCCUUAUCUGCCAUAGAAGUUCCAGAUGCCGAGAAACAAGCAGCGGAUUCUGACUUGAGAUCUCACGAGUCUUUCGGUGAUGAGAAAAAUCUUGAACUGGAUAUCCUUUCCGUUCCAGUGAAAUCAGAGCAGGAACAACGUCCCUUGCCUGAGGUUGUUCCAGUGAAAGAAGAGCAGGACCCCUGUGCUAACCUUCCUCCACAUGCUUUUAUAAAUGAAAACGUAGGUAGUGGAACCGUUGGUGCACGUGGCUUGGAUGAACCGGAUGUCCUUCCUUUAAGGAAACCUACUCCAACCCACGAAUCAGACUCCUGUGUCUUUGAUGGACCUAACUCUCAAAGUGUUCCAUCUUCCUCAAUGGAUAAGACGGUUGACGAUCUAGAUGUCCCUCCUCCGAGGAUUGCUCUUGAAGCUGAGGAGUCAGAAGAUCAGUUUACAGGUGAAAAUGAUUCUCAGAUUGGUACAUCUCACGUUUGUGAGAAGAUUGAAGAACCUGCUGCCCCUCCAAGCAAUGCUGUUCUUGUUGAAAAGGAGGCAGAAGUUUGUGCUCCAAGUGAACUGGAUUCUCAAAUUGCUUCAUGUUCUUUGCGUAACAAGAAAAUAGACGAACUAGAUUGUCCUCCUUUGAGUGGUUCUGCAUUAAUAGAAGAUGAGUCGGAAGAUCAUAUCUCUGGUGUUCCUGAUUCUCAAAUUGCUCCAUAUUCUCCAGUAAAUGAUAAGAUUGUUGGACCAGGUGCUUCUACAUCAGUAAAUGAUAGAGAGGCGGGGUGGGAAACUUGUCCGUCUCCUGAAUUGGAUCCUCAGUUUGCUCCAUGUCCCUUAAGUGAUUACAAUGUUGGUAAACUAGAUGUGACUCCAUCAUGCAAUGUCCAAGUGGAAGCAGAGAAUGGACCCUAUCAUUCACCUGAAUUUGGUACCCGAAUUGCUCCAUAUUCUUCAGUAAAUGAUAAGAUUGAUGUACCAGGUGCUGCUACAUCAAUACAUGAUAUGGAGGUGGAGCAAGGGUGGGAAGCAUGCGCAUCCCCUGAAUUGGAUUCUCAAAUUGCUCCAUGCCCCGUGAGUGAGGACAGGGUUGGUGAACUAGAUGGAUCUUCAUCAUGCAAUGUCCUAGUGGAAACAGAGAAUGGACCCUAUCACUCACCUGAAUUUGGUACCCAAGUUGCUCCAUAUUCUUCAGUAAAUGAUAAGAUUGAUGUACCAGGUGCUGCUACAUCAAUACAUGAUAUGGAGGUGGAGCAAGGGUGGGAAGCAUGUGCAUCCCCUGAAUUGGAUUCUCAAACUGCUCCGUGCCCCAUGGGUGAGGACAAGGUUGGUGAACUCGAUGUAGCUUCGUCAUGCAAUGUCCAAGUGGAACCAGAGAAUGCAUCCUAUUGCUCACCUGAAUCUGAUUCCCAAAUUGCACCGGGUUCUUUGAAUUCCAGUGCGCUAGCUGAGAGAUCAACAGCGGCUUCUACUUCUGUCAUGCAUAGUACCGAGGAAAACUAUCGGGUCUCUCCUGUUCCACCACACACUGAACCGUUUCAAAGUGUAUGCAGUGAAGAUCCUCCGAAACUACCUCCUCUUCCUCCGCUUCAGUGGAGGCUUGGAAGGCCUCGUUUGGGACUUCUGAGUACAAAAGACCGUGCGCCUGACCCUGCAAGCAGAACAACUUCCAUUUUGCCUGUAUCAAGCCAAAAUAUGGAUAAUGGCCUAGUUUCACUUGACGGAAUGGCAGAACCAAUAGCCUUAGUUUCCUCUCAAGAUAUCAAAGAGAGGCAUCAGAAUUCUGUGGUGGACAAUAGUGAUCAAAGGGUAGAAUCUGGAAUGCCAAGGGAAAAUGACAGGCCAUUUUCAGAGGCUUGUUGGAACAUCAAGCAUCAGGGGCAUAUCAUUUCAUCACCAUCGGAGGCUGAAGAACAUCUGAAUGACAGUGGGGCCACUGCACAUGUAAUUAACCAGCAAGAUUGUCAACAGCACCUCUUGUGUUCAGAUAUUUCAGACAUCGCUAAGCAUCUCAGUUCUACAGAUCCAGCUGCAUCUGAGGAUGACAAAAUGGUGGAUGAUCACAGUGCUGCACGUAGCGUGCAUUUCCACAAAGUGAGCUCUUCAACACCAGGGCAUGUUUCUGAAAAUGGUAGUUGCCAGCAAUCUCAGCACGGUGAAUCAUUAUCAGGGACUUCAGACAAUGAAGAGCAUAGUUCAAAUUCAUCAGAUGAGGAGAAGAAUCUGAAAGACCAGCCAAUCACAAGAGGAUUACCUUUAGACACAACAAAACAUACUGCAUCAGGCUCAGUGUUAGAAGAAGGCAAUAGCCAGGAGAGUCAGUUACAGGAACAAGAUGCGGAUAACCUCAAGGGUGGUCCGUCUGAAGGCCAGUCACAUACUGCAGAAUCAAUGGUAUCUGAAGAUUAUCCCCAUGGUGAUCAUAAUUUGGACACAGAGAGUAUACUUCAGCCAAACCCGUCAUGGCCUAGCAAUAUAAGUAAAUAUCUUGGUGACCUUGAUGAAGGCGGCUAUGCACACGUUGAGCAGCCACCAGUGAUGGGAUGGACUGUUGGACCUCAGAUGCUUCAUCCUAAUUAUGGAAUAUCAACGGAAGGGAGCAGAUUUGAACCAGAGGUCACAGAUUAUCGGUUGACCAGAAAGCCAGUUUCAGUGAGAAACAUCCCAAGAAAUCCACUGGUUGAUGCUGUUGCUGCUCAUGAUAGAAGCACGAUGCGGAAGGUUUCAGAACUUGCUCCCCCCACAGAUAAGCCAAAUACCGAUGAUAAAAACCUGUGGCUUGAGCAGAUAAGGAACAAGGUUGGAGAACUUGCCCCCACCGCAGAUAAGCCAAAUACCAAUGAUAAAAACUUGUGGCUUGAGCAGAUAAGGAACAAGACCUUUGACCUGAAACCAGUGGGUUCUGCUAAACCGACAUCCAUGAUAGCCCCUGCUAGAGCCUCUAGUGGAAACCUGAGAGUUGCUGCAAUAAUAGAGAAAGCGAAUGCCAUACGCCAGGCGGUGGGAAGUGAUGACGAAGACGACGAUAAUUGGAGUGACACAUAG